UACUGCCACUUGAGAAGCCAAACUCAUCUACAGCAAAGUCAUGGUAAGUUUAUUAGAAAAAGUUCUCUCUAACCAAUGUGUUUUAUUCUUAUUUAUCUUUAGUCUAUUGUUGGUCUCCUCUUCUCAAUAUGCUGCUGCUUCCGCAACUAAUACCACGGGUGCAGUGAAGGAAGCAAAGGCUCUUCUAACAUGGAAAGCUAGCCUUGACAAUCAAAGCCAGUCUCUCCUGUCUUCUUGGGUUGGUGGCAGCCCUUGCAAAUGGCAUGGAAUCAAUUGUUACAGGUCAAGAAGCAUCACAUUUUUGAACCUUUCAAGUUAUGGUUUGAGAGGUACCCUCCAUAGUCUCAACUUCUCAUCCUUUCCCAACUUGCACAGUAUUGACCUUUUUAAUAAUUCGCUCUAUGGGACCAUUCCAUCACAUAUUGGAAACCUCUCCAAACUCCGUUUUAUUUGUCUUUCUUUAAAUAAAAUAUCUGGGACAAUUCCAACUGAAAUAGGCCAACUAGCAAGUCUAAGAAUCUUGUACCUCUCCAGAAACCUCAUCAGUGGUUCUAUACCACAAGAAAUAGGAAAUCUGAGCUCUCUUACUGAGCUCUCGUUGUUCAGGAACUACCUUAGAGGUGCAAUCCCUGCUUCCAUUGGAAACUUGCGAAACUUAACCAUUCUACACCUUUACGAAACCGGACUUUCUGGAUCAAUUCCUUCUGGUAUAGGAAACCUGACCAAGCUCACCCAAUUGACCCUCCAAGAAAAUCAGUUAUCUGGCUUCAUUCCUGCUGAAAUAGGAAAGCUGAAAUCCCUUUCUAUUCUAAGAUUGUGUGGCAACAGAUUAACUGGCUCAAUACCACAUGAAAUUGUUAACCUUACAUAUUUGAAUACAUUGCAUCUAGGUGACAACAUGAUGUCUGGAUAUCUGCCACAAAAUAUAUGCCUCUCAAGGGUAUUUGUAAACUUCACCAUUUUUAACAACAAUUUUGUGGGUCCUGUCCCAAGAAGCCUGAAAAACUGCACUAGCCUGUUUAGAGUGAGGUUUGAAAGAAACCAUCUAACUGGAAAUAUAUCAGAAGACUGGGGCAUAUAUCCAAAUUUGAACUUCAUUGACUUGAGUUAUAAUAAAUUUUAUGGAGAACUUGCUCCAAAUUGGGGGAAGUGUCGAAGCUUAAAAGGCUUGAAAAUCUCCCACAAUAAUAUUUCUGGUAGAAUACCAACAAAGUUUGGGGAAUCAAUUCAAACACUUGACCUCUCUUCUAAUCAUCUAGCAGGAGAGAUUCCCAGGGAAUUUGGUCGGUUGACUUCAUUAUUCAAUCUUUCUUUGGGCCAUAACAAAUUUUCAGGCACUGUUCCAUCAGAAAUUGGGAUGCUAUCUAAUUUGAGGCAUCUUGACCUGGCUGCAAAUAAUCUGAGUGGUCCAAUCAUCAAAGAAAUAGGAAAUUGCAUUGAACUACUGACCUUGAAAUUGAGCAAUAAUAGAUUUGAAGGAAAUGUUCCUUUAGAGAUUAGUAGUUUGUUCUCACUUCAACAUCUUGAUCUUAGUCAGAAUUUACUUGUGGGAUUUCUACCACCAGAGCUCGGAACAAUGCCCCGCUUAGAAAUAUUGAAUCUUUCCCACAAUGAGCUCUCUGGUUCCAUCCCACAAACUUUCAACCAAAUGUUAAGCCUGACAUCUGUUGACAUAUCCUACAAUCAGUUGGAGGGCCCUCUUCCAAGCAACAAAGCCUUUCGCGAAGCUCCAACAGAAGCAUUUACAAAUAAUAAAGGCUUGUGUGGCAACAUCACUGGUUUGAAGUCCUGCCCCUCUGUGAAGAUCCACGAGGCAAAAGGUAAGAAGGGUCGCCUGAUCUUGAUAGUGGUCUCUCUUUUAGGCAGUUUGUUUGUUCUCUUUAUCAUUGUGGGUGUUUUAUCUUUGGUUUGGGUGAGAGUGAGGAACAAGGGAAAAAACAAGCCAGAAGAUGCACAAAAUGAUAAUUUGUUCGCAGUAUUGAGCUAUGAUGGAAAGCUGGUAUAUGAGAACAUCAUUGAAGCAACAGAGAACUUCAACUCCAAAUAUUGCAUUGGAGAGGGUGCCUUUGGAAGUGUAUAUAGAGCUGAGCUGCAAAGUGGUCAAGUUGUUGCUGUGAAGAAAUUUCAAGCGUUGGAGGAUGAUGACAGGAAUGCCAGUUUGAAAACUUUUACUAGUGAGGUUCAAGCACUAACAGAUGUAAGACAUCGGAACAUUGUGAGGCUCCUUGGUUUCUGUUUGCAUCCGCGAAAUGCCUUCUUGGUUUAUGAGUUCAUGGAAGGGGGAAGCUUGGAGAAGAUGCUAGGCAAUGAUGAAGCAGCAAUGCAGUUUGGAUGGAUUGAGAGGGUAAAUGUUAUUAAAGGUUUGGCGAAUGCUUUAGCCUACCUGCACCAUAACUGCUCACCUCCAAUAAUCCAUCGAGACAUAUCCAGCAAGAAUGUUUUGUUAGAUUCAAAGCAUGAAGCAAUCCUCUCUGAUUUUGGCAUAGCUAGGAUUCUGAAGCCAGGCUCUUCCAAUUGGACCUCAUUUGCAGGCACCAUUGGAUACACUGCUCCAGAGCUUGCUUACACAAUGGAAGUCAAUGAAAAAUGUGAUGUUUAUAGCUUUGGAAUGGUGACAAUGGAAGCACUUCUUGGAAGCCAUCCAGGAGAUUUCAUCACAUUUUUAUCAACAUCGACAUCAUCAACUGCCGGUCAUACACUGCUGAAAGAUGUAUUGGACCAACGUCUCUCACAGCCGACGAAUCAAGUUGCAGAGGAUGUGGUCUUUAUGAUGAAUCUGGCUCUUUCAUGCCUGCUAUCCAGUCCACAAUCUCGGCCAACCAUGCAACAAGCUUCUCAACGUUUAUCAUCUCAAAAGCAGCCUUUACCAGAGGGGUUCCACAUGAUAACAUUAGGACAACUGUCUGAUUUAAUGUAGUUUUGACUUCCUAUUUGUGUUUCUACAUUUUCUCUUCUUAGUGGAAAUAAAAGAAAGUGAAGUGAAAGGGAAGAAAAUAAAUUUUCUAGAAAUUUUUUUUUUUUUUUGAAAAAUAUGUGAAAUUACUAUUUUGUGAUUUUAA